GUUAUAUUUUCACUCCGAAGUGAUUUGAAACUUUAGUUGUUUAAACACGUUCAUCCAGACCACAACCAUGUCUGCUACGAUAAGAGUUGCUGUUGGUAUUGAUUUGGGGACAACCUACUCAUGUGUUGGGGUCUUCCAACAUGGAAAGGUUGAGAUUAUUGCGAAUGACCAGGGAAACCGUACUACCCCGAGUUAUGUUGCAUUUACUGACACCGAGAGAUUGAUCGGAGAUGCCGCCAAGAACCAGGUGGCCGUUAACCCGACCAAUACUAUUUUUGAUGCCAAACGACUGAUUGGGCGUAAGUUUGAAGAUGCCACAGUUCAAGCCGAUAUGAAGCAUUGGCCAUUCAAGGUUGUUAAUUCUGGAGGCCUACCUAAGCUGCAGGUGGAAUACAAGAAUGAGACUAAGACAUUUACUCCUGAGGAAAUUUCUAGUAUGGUUCUCGUCAAGAUGAAGGAGACUGCUGAAGCAUACCUUGGGGUAUCUGUCCCAGAAGUUGUUGUGACCGUCCCGGCGUACUUCAACGACUCCCAGCGUCAGGCCACCAAGGACGCUGGGGUUAUCGCCGGCCUACAUGUUCUCAGGAUCAUUAACGAACCAACCGCCGCCGCCAUCGCCUACGGAUUGGACAAAAAGAAAGGAUCGGCGGAAUGCAAUGUUCUGAUUUUCGACCUCGGCGGCGGAACAUUUGAUGUUUCGAUUUUGACCAUCGAGGAGGGUAUUUUCGAGGUCAAGUCUACUGCUGGAGAUACUCAUUUGGGAGGAGAGGACUUUGACAACAGAAUGGUCGACCAUUUUGUGAACGAGUUCAAGCGCAAGCACAAGAAGGAUAUUACUGGCAACAAGCGUGCUCUGCGACGUCUGCGCUCUGCUUGUGAGCGCGCGAAGCGCACACUGUCUGCCAGUGCACAGGCUAACCUAGAGAUUGACUCUCUGUUCGAAGGUAUUGAUUUCUACACUACAAUAACCAGAGCUAGAUUUGAGGAGCUGUGCUCUGAUCUCUUCAAGGGGACCUUGGAACCCGUAGAGAAGGCGAUGAGGGAUGCUAAGAUGGACAAGUCCUCAAUCCACGAUAUCGUUCUGGUCGGUGGCUCAACUAGAAUCCCCAAAAUCCAGAAACUUCUCGCGGAUUUUUUCAACGGUCGUGAGUUGAACAAGAGUAUCAAUCCUGAUGAAGCUGUGGCGUAUGGCGCCACUGUUCAAGCCGCUAUUCUCGUUGGUGAUACUCACGAGGCUGUCUCUGACCUCCUCCUACUCGACGUAGCCCCACUCUCCCUGGGUAUUGAAACUGCUGGAGGUGUGAUGACCUCCUUGAUCAAGAGGAACACGACGAUUCCCACCAAACAGACCCAAACCUUUACCACGUAUAGUGAUAACCAACCCGCUGUAACCAUUCAGGUUUACGAGGGUGAGAGGGCAAUGACCAAGGACAAUCACCUCCUUGGUAAAUUUGACCUGAACGCCAUCCCCCCCGCGCCCAGGGGAGUCCCUCAGAUUGAAGUCACCUUUGACAUCGACGCGAACGGCAUCCUAAACGUUUCUGCAUGCGACAAGUCGACUGGGAAGCAGAGUAAGAUCACUAUCACGAACGACAAGGGUAGGCUGAGCAAGGAGGAGAUUGAGAGGAUGGUCAACGACGCCGAGAAGUUUAAGGCUGAAGAUGAACAGCAGAAGGAGAAGAUUGGUGCGAAGAACAGUUUAGAAUCCUACUGUUUCAACAUGAAGACGACUAUUGAUGACGAGAAGUUAAAGGAUAAGAUCGGAGAGACUGACCGGAAACUGAUCCUGGAUAAAUGCGAGGAAACUAUUAAAUGGCUGGAUGCUAAUCAACUUGCUGAGAUUGACGAGUUUAAGGACAAACAAAAGGAGGUUGAAUCCGUCUGUAAUCCCAUCAUAACUAAACUCUACGGUGGCGCAGGCGAAGGUAUGCCUGGCGCUGGUGGAGCACCUGGAGGAGCUGCAGGAGCCCCUCCCCCAGGAGCUGGAGGAGCUGGCCCAACUAUCGAGGAGGUUGAUUAGGAGCCUUUGUUCUAGGAGCUUACUGUGUGGGAGCCGUUAUUUCCGAAGCUCAACUUCUAAAAGCGCUCCAAGAAAUUAUCAUUUUAUUUGCGAAUGCAAUUUUGAUAUUUUUAAUAAAUGUUUAAAUUAUC